UCCGACACAGAGCUUUUUGAAAGGCAGAAAUCAGCGUUACUCGGUGUUGAGCAGCAAAUAACUCUCUUAACUUUAUAAUCGUAUAUUUGAAUACGAUCAAUUAAGUAUAUCGUCUAGUUAUCGGUCUAGUUAAGAAACUAGAUGAGAAACAUUUAGAAUGGACAGAUAGCUGGAAAUACACAGUUAAAGAAGGACAAAAUCUGCUAAUGACGCCAGAGUUUGUGAAGAGAUGAAGAUGUCCAGGAACGGAUCAGGUCUCCAGCCUCUCAAAGCUACUGUUCCCUUCACUCUGCACAAAGCAGCUGGAGCUGCCGUCAAAAAUAUCAAUCCAGGUGACAGACCCCAAGCAGAGUGGCGUUUGCAGACUCAGAUUCAGCGCACAGUAUCUUUGGAUGCGAUUGUGGGGCCGUACUUGCAAGGCCAGUGGCCCAAAGAGGGACAUGGACACGACAGGGAAGACAAAUCCACCCAGACACCACGCACAUGGUUAGCUGGAGCUGAAACAACGGCUGUUGGAUUUCACAAACGUUCGGCAUCAUGGGGAAAUUCAGAAUGUCUCCAGGAUGGAAGUGACGUAUGUGCAGAUUCAUUUUUCAGACUGAAACAACUGCAACAGAAGAAAAGGUCAGGCGUUCUGGUUGGCAAUCAAGAGAAACUGCACAACCAACAUCAGUCCCCUGCUCUAUUAAUCCCACCUGCGUCAUUGACUCGACUGUCGUCACGCUUGCGUCAAAGUGAAGAGAGACUAGAUCAGGAGCUGGAGAAAGUCUUCACACAUAAUUCAUCAGUUCAUCACUGUGGACUGUAUGAGGUUCCUGAUGGCCACAGGGCUCCUGUUCCACACCUGAGCUCCAGUAGUGGAUUUCAGAUGGGAUCUUCCUGUGUAGCUUCCCACUCCUCUUCUUCCUCAUCCACAUCUUGCUCUCCACAGCGCCCUCUAGAUCUCGACACUGUUGAGGAGGUCAGCUCAUGUAUCCUAAUGCUGUCCUCAUCACCACGGCCCAAUAACAGCUACUGCUUUCAGAGAGAUCCGCCAGAGGGUUGUGAGAGAGUCCGAGUGUGUGAAGAGAACAUCCUUCCAUGUUUGGACCAAGUGUAUAUGCUCUCCUGCCCCGACCCCAACAAAGUUAACUUCACCACACACACAGGCUCAGCCUUCUGCCCUGUCAAUCUCCCGGAGCCCCUCCUACCUCCAGUGGACUUCCUGAUCUGCAGCCUCUCAGUUUCUCCAGGGUCCUGCUGGGUGGGACAGUGAGGAGUUAAGAACACAAGAAAAACCAGUGAAUUUGGCAUCUGUUACUUUGAUUGAGAGAGUUGGGGGGUGGGGGGUGGGGGCACUCAGUACUUUACUUUUUAAUAUUGCAUUUGCCUAAUAUCUGACCUUACUAGUAAAAGUUUAUUUUCUAAUUUAAAAAGUAAUUGUAAUACGAGAAUACCAGAUUUCUUUGAGUCAGUGAGAGUGGUGAAAAUAUCCCAUUGGAAUGGCGGACUUGAUAGAUUUAUGGAUUAACAUUUUGGGCUGUUUUAUUAGGAGAAGGUUGUUCUUAUAGAUAAUGAAUGCUGAAUAGGCCAAUGGUACUAUUAAGGAAAUGCUUGUAUUUUAAAUCAGCAUUUUGCCACCCACUUCAAUGUUACAAUGAAAAAAUAAAUUGGC